CUCCCCGCCGCGCACACACCCGCUUUCGGUAACCGUGUGUGUUUGGCAGGGGUGCGCACCACCCAUCCUCGGCGAAUGAGGCGGGCUGUUGAUUGUUGAGGUCUGUGAAAGGGAAGCAGGCCAAGUCAAAAAAAGAAAAGCAGCCGCAGAAGGUGUGUCUUUCACAAUCCGGACCUCCAGGCGCUGCACGGCUUUUCCGCUGGUUUCCUUGAACCGUCGCGGCUGCUAAGGGAGCUCCCGGAUCCGGGUGGCGAGAGGGCGGCGGAACAGGAGACCGAAAACACCGUGCUGGCCGGUUGGGAGGGAGAGAAACAGCUCUCUCCCCGAAAGUAACUCAAGUCGGUUAAAAAUCCGUAAGAAAAAGACAACACACAGUGCAGCGAAGCAGGAGGUCUUGAGAGCGUUAACAGGCGAAAACAAGAUGGCAUCAGCGAACGACUCCCGGCAGUCACAGAAGGACGCGGCCGACCAGAAUUUCGACUACAUGUUCAAGCUGCUCAUCAUCGGGAACAGCAGCGUGGGCAAGACCUCCUUCCUCUUCCGCUACGCCGACGACUCCUUCACCUCUGCCUUCGUCAGCACCGUGGGUAUCGACUUCAAGGUCAAGACCGUCUACCGCAACGACAAGAGGGUUAAGCUGCAGAUCUGGGACACGGCUGGCCAAGAGAGGUACCGGACCAUCACCACAGCCUACUACCGGGGAGCCAUGGGCUUCCUGCUCAUGUACGACAUCACCAACCAGGACUCCUUCAAUGCCGUGCAGGACUGGGCAACGCAGAUCAAGACGUACUCCUGGGAUAACGCGCAGGUCAUCCUGGUGGGCAACAAGUGCGACCUGGAGGACGACCGGAUCAUCCCGACAGAGGAGGGGCGCAGGCUGGCGGACGAACUAGGCUUCCAGUUCUUCGAGGCCAGCGCCAAGGACAACAUCAACGUCAAGCAGGUCUUCGAGCGGCUGGUGGACAUCAUCUGCGAGAAGAUGAACGAGAGCAUGGACAGCGACCCCAACAUGCUGGGCAACCACAAGGCCACCACGCUGCAGGAGAGCCCUGGGGUUGUGGCCGAUGUCAAGGCAGAGCUGAGCAGCAGACAGCUUUCUAGAUCGCAGUCCAUGACUUCACUUCACCCAGAGUGCCAGCAGGGAACACCCCCCUCGGUGCGCCCCUGUCUCUCCUCCUGCCUGAUUGGCCUGACUGUGGGGCACCCAGAGUAG